CAACUCGCGUGGUAAGCGAGCGCGCGGCCGUUAAAAGCGGCGUGUUGCUGGGGCGCGUGGCUCGUGCCCAAAGUCCGGUGUCGCUGUAGGGCCUGAGAGCGCGGGUGAGCCAUGGUGGGGAGAUCCCGGCGGCGUGGAGCAGCCAAGUGGGCAGCUGUGCGAGCCAAGGCGGGCCGCACUUCCGCGGACGAAAAUGAAGACAACGCAGCAUUGCCACCGUCACCAGGGGACUCCCGCUACUACCAGGACCAGGUAGAUGAGUUUCAUGAGGCGCGAUCCCAGGCCGCCCUGGCUAGGGGCUGGAACGAAGUAGAGAGCGGAGACGAGGAGGAUGGCGAGGAGGAGGAGGAGGUACUAGCCCUAGAUGUUGGCGAUGAGGACGACGACGAUGGAGGGAGUGCAGAGGAUACGGAGGAGGGUGAGGAUGAUGAUGAUGGUGGGAGCUCCGUGCAGAGUGAAGCUGAGGCCUCUGUGGAUCCCAGUUUGUCGUGGGGUCAGAGGAAAAAACUGUAUUACGACACGGACUACGGUUCCAAGUCCCGAGGCCGGCAGAGUCAACAAGAAGUGGAGGAGGAGGAAAGGGAGGAGGAGGAGGAGGCGCAGAUCCUUCAGCGGCGCCUAGCCCAAGCCCUGCAGGAAGAUGACUUUGGGGUCGCCUGGGUGGAGGCCUUUGCAAAACCGGUCCCUCGGGUAGAUGAGGCGGAGACACGAGUCGAGAAGGAUUUGGCUAAAGUUUCGGUGAAAGAGAAGCUGAAAAUGUUGCGAAAAGAAUCGCCAGAGCUCUUGGAGCUGAUGGAGGACCUGAAAGUCAAGUUAACAGAGGUGAAAGAUGAGCUGGAGCCAUUGUUACAGUUGGUGGAGCAAGGGGUCAUUCCACCCGGGAAAGGAAGCCAAUACUUGAGGACCAAGUACAACCUCUACUUGAAUUAUUGCUCCAACAUCAGUUUUUAUUUGAUCCUGAAAGCUAAGAGAGUCCCUGCUCACGGACAUCCUGUCAUAGAAAGGCUUGUUACCUACCGAAAUUUGAUCAAUAAGCUGUCGGUUGUGGAUGAGAAGCUGUCCUCAGAAAUUCGUUAUCUGCUCACACUUAAGGAUGAUGCUGUAAAGAAAGAACUGAACCCAAAAGCCUUAUCCUCCAAGGCCAAACCACAGUCUGUUUCGAAGACUUCUGCUGUUAGAGACCUUUCUGAUGAUUCUGAUUUUGACGAAGGAGCUGAACUGAAACACUAUAAAGAAAUGGAAGAAAGGCAAAGGUUAAAGAGAAAGAAAGAAGACAGCACCGAAGAACAGGCACUUGAAAAUCAAAAUGCAAAGAGAGCCAUUACCUAUCAGAUUGCUAAAAAUAGGGGACUUACUCCUAGGAGAAAGAAGAUUGACCGCAAUCCCAGAGUGAAACACAGGGAGAAGUUCAGAAGAGCCAAAAUUCGAAGAAGAGGCCAGGUUCGUGAAGUUCGUAGAGAAGAGCAGCGUUACAGUGGUGAAUUAUCUGGCAUUCGUGCAGGAGUUAAAAAGAGCAUUAAGCUUAAAUGAAAUUUUUGCUUAGCUUAAACUUUUUGACAAUAUUUUUAGAUCAAUAAAUUUUUCUUUUUGACUAAA